GGGAAACCCAGGAAGUGCAGCCCGGGCACUAAUCAAAUCUAGGCUAAUAAUAAACGUCCUGAGUAAUGAGUGGCCUGGGCCGGAGCAGGCGAGGUGGCCGGAGCUGGGAGGGCCAGGAGGAGCCAUCCCCACAGGACCUGCGGCUGGGGGUGGCCAUGCAGCCCUGCCCCGAAGAGCAGUACUGGGACCCGCUGCUGAACACCUGUGUCUCCUGCAAAACCAUCUGCAGCAAUCAGAAUCCACGCACCUGUGCGGCCUUCUGCAAGUCACUCAGCUGCCGCAAAGAGCAAGGCAAGUACUAUGACCAGCUCCUGGGGGACUGUAUCAGCUGUGCCUCCAUCUGUGGACGUCACCCCAAGCAAUGCACACACUUCUGUGAGAACAAGUUCAGGAGUCAAGUGAACCUCCCACCAGAGGUCAGGAGACAGCGGACCGGAGAGGCCUCGACCCGGGCAGACAACCUAGGGAGGUACCAGGGACCAGAGCACAGAGGCUCGGAUGUGGGUCCAGCCCCCCCAGGGCUAAAGCUGAGCGCCGACCAGCUGGCCCUGGUCUACAGCACGCUGGGGCUCUGCCUCUGCGCCGUAAUCUGCUGCUUCCUGCUGGCCGUGGCCUGUUUCCUGAAGAGGAGGGGGGACCAGGUCUCCUGCCAGCCACCCCCAGGGCCAUGUCGGACGCGGGCCAAGUCCUCCAAGGCAGAUCACUGGAUGGAAGCGGGCAGCGCUGCAGGGGCAACGCCCGAGCCGACGGAGACGUGCAGCUUCUGCUUCGCGGAGUGCAGGGAGCCUGAGCGUGCCGGGAGGUGGGCGCGCCACGGCCAGAGCGCAGCCGGACAGCCCUGCGUGCGCGCCCCGAACGGUGGCCUCUGCGGCAUUGAGGUCGUGUGCACGCCCGCCCAAGAAGGAGGCCUGGCCACAUGA